AUGACCCGUGGCUUCGCCCCCAGCCUGCCCGUCGAGUUCCCCAAGAUGGGCUCCUUCCGCAGGCCCAGACCGCGCUUCAUGAGCUCCCCAGCGCUCAGCGACCUGCCCCGCUUCCAGGCAGCCCGCCAGGCUCUGCAGCUGAGUUCCAACUCUGCUUGGAACAGCGUCCAGACUGCCGUGAUCAACGUCUUUAAAGGGGGCGGCUUGCAGAGCAAUGAGCUCUAUGCACUGAAUGAAAACAUCAGGCGGCUGCUGAAGAGUGAACUUGGAUCAUUCAUUACAGAUUAUUUCCAGAACCAGCUUCUAGCAAAAGGACUGCUGUUCGUGGAGGAGAAGAUCAAGCUGUGUGAAGGUGAAAAUCGCAUUGAGGUUCUGGCUGAAGUCUGGGACCACUUCUUCACUGAGACUCUCCCCACCCUGCAGGCCAUAUUCUAUCCAGUUCAGGGCCAGGAGCUGACCAUCCGCCAGAUUUCCCUGCUGGGCUUCCGUGACCUGGUGCUGCUGAAGGUGAAGCUGGAGGACUUGCUGCUGUUAGCGCAGCCCCAGCCGCCCUCAUCCAUCGUCCAGAUGUUGCUCAUCCUGCAGAGUGUUCACGAGCCCACAGGCCCAAGUGAGGGUUAUUUGCAGCUGGAGGAGCUGGUGAAGCAGGUGGUUUCUCCUUUCCUUGGCAUCAGCAAGGACCAUGGCCUCUCAGGCCCCACGUACACAUUGGCCAGGCGCCACUCCAGGGUCCGGCCCAAGGUCACGCUGCUGAACUACGCCUCCCCAGUAACCCCCGUCAGCCGGCCCCUGAACGAGAUGGCCCUGACCCCGCUGACGGAGCAAGAGGGGGAGGCCUACCUGGAGAAGUGUGGCAGCGUGCGGCGACACACGGUGGCCAAUGCCCACUCGGACAUCCAGCUGCUGGCCAUGGCCACCAUGAUGCACUCGGGCCUAGGGGAGGAGCCUGGCGGUGAGGACAAGUGCCUGCUGCUUCCGCCCAGCUUCCCGCCGCCCCACCGGCAGUGCUCCAGUGAGCCCAACAUCACCGACGGCCCCGACGAGCCAGAGCAGGGGGCCACGGGCAGCCAGGAGGACUCGGAGCUGAACUGUGCUUCCCUGAGCUGA